AUGAGCUACUUAUCGCAACAGGCUAAGAAUACCUGCAGCAUAUCUCUUAAAAAUAAAUCGACAAAUACAAUUUGCAAAAAGUUGGUCAGUUGGACGUUUUCCAUUAGCUCAUCUUUAAAAAUAAUAUCUAUUCUGGUGGAAAUUAGUGGACAAGUGAGAUCAUUUCUGUCAUAA